AAUAGUAGCUUCGAUCACAGUGGCAGCAGCACUCAUUUACAGAAGCAGCUUCAGGCUUUUCCCUCCUUCAUGGUGCAGUAGCAGCACUCAUCCACAGGGGAAAAGCUUGAGCCUUUUCCCUCCCUCACAGUGUAGCAGCAGCGACGACAUUCUCUAAUUUGGGCAGGAGGUUCGGCCUUCAUUUUUUUCUUUUUUUGAAGCAAUUUGAUGCCUGGGGCAGCAUCGAUCCACCCACCGGAGCAAUAGCCAUCGCCCACCAGAGCAGCAGUAUCCUUCAAAUUGCAGCAGCCUUGUCCGUUGUUUGACAGUAGCUUCAAUCAAACGUCGAAAAGGCCAGACAAUUCUUACGCUUCCCAUUAAUUCACGUGCGGUCAUCUUCUUCAUUGGAGGCUAAAGAGCUUUAACUUGUGGUGCUUGAGUCAACCAAUAGUCCCUAUGCCAUCAAAGGACUUUCUCACCUACCUUCAUUAGAGAUGCCUAAGCUUUGUGAGUACAUGACCUUGGAAGCAGAAGUUUCAUCAGCUGCGAGUAACGUUGGAUCUCUUCAGUCUUUAGUGCCCAAACCAUGUGACAGAACAUGCAAUACCAACUCCAGGAUGCUAAGUCAUUACAAGAUGGGAGCCUUAGCAAAUGUAGUGUCAUUAGCAAAAAAUGACUAUUGUUGUCCUUCCAACAUGAUCAUGCCCUUAUUGAGUUGUAACUCAUCAUAUGCAAAUCCACUAGAUAGCAGACAACAUCUAGAUAUGUCGAAGUUAAGGUAUGAUGGAAAAGGGAAUUUGAUUUCAGCUCUUAAACUUGACCGCCUAUUAAAGUGGACAUAUGGACUUAGAAGAAACUAACUAUUGUACUAAAAUAAUGGGAUCGACUUGGCAUAUUUGUGUUCCUUUGGAGGUAAAUGAUAAAGAAAAAGUUUUAAUUGCUGCCUAUCUUUGUGUUUGGCUUAGCAAAUUUGUUAGAGUUGGAACUUUCAAAGCCACAGCAUAAAUGGCAAUUGGAGUU